AUGUUCAGCAGGUUAAAGCAGCUGUUCCAGCCCACCCAGACCCCGCCACAAGCCCCGCCUCCACCUACAAGGGAAGAAAAGCCUCCAGAGAAAAAGGAUGAGCCCCCGAAAAAAGAUGAGGAGAAAAAAGAAGAAAAUGAGACAGAACCAAAAAAAGAAGAGCCAAAACAAGCUCCUGCCCCAGCUGCACCUGCCCCACCUGCACCCGCCCCAGCUGCACCUGCCCCCGCUGCACCUGCCCCCGCUGCACCUGCCCCUGCUGCACCUGCCCCUGCUGCACCUGCCCCUGCUGCACCUGCCCCCGCUGCACCUGCCCCUGGAGCUCCUGCUGCUGCAAACCCAGAGGAGGCAAACGGUGAAGAGCCGCCUCCCCCUCCUCCUCCCGUGGUCUACUCCCGUUUCGCAGAUGACCACCUCAGAGCUGUGGCCAAAUUACUGAAAGAACGAACAAAGGAACUCAAAGACAAAGUCAUAGAUCCAUAUGCCACGUCUCCAGAAAUCACUCCACCUGUCACUCCCAUUUACAAGAAGGAGGACUACAUUCGAAUGAAGGAGGAGGAACGCAUCGCUAAGGAGGAGGCAGACAAGAAGAAAGCAGAGGAAGCAGCUAAAAAGGCAGAGGAGAAGAAGAAGAAAGAUGAAGAGAAGCGACUGGAGGCGGAGAAAAAAGCAGAAGAAGAGAGGCUGGCUGCAGAGGCCAAGAGGAAGCAGAGGAUCCUCCCAGAAUUCCACUGCCACUGUUUUGACGUGCUCUUCCACCCCAUCGAGGCCAAGAUGGACAAUGUGCUGGGCUCCACCAUAGACCCCUUCACAGAUCGGAGGUACAUCUCAUGGAUGGCGUUUGUUGCCGUGGCGUAUAACUAUAACGUGUGGCUGUGCACGGCUCGUCUGGCGUUCCCCUUCCAUAACGCCACCGUAAACCCGUUCUGGAUCUUCUUCGACAUCGUCAGUGACAUUAUCAACGUCAUUGACAUCAUCAUUUGGCAGCCCAGGCUUCAGUUCGUCAAAGCUGGAGACAUCAUUAAAGACAGAGUUUUGACCAAAGAACAUUACCGUAAAUCCCCCAAAUUUAAGACAGACAUAUUCAGUAUCAUCCCAUUUGACCUCCUCACUCUGCAGUUUGAGUUCUCCUCUGGGUAUCGUUUCAACCGCUUCAUCAGACUCGAUUCCUUCUUUGAAUUCAGCGAUCGUCUUGAGAGUAUCAUGGCUAAGGCUUAUAUCUGGAGAGUGGCUCGGACUACUGGCUACCUCCUGUACGCGCUCCAUAUUAACGCAUGCUUUUACUAUGUGGCCUCAGUUUUCCAGGGCCUCGGCACCACCCACUGGGUCUAUGACGGCAAAGGAACAGCAUACCUGCGGUGUUACUACUUCGCAGUGCGUAGUCUGAUUAACAUCGGCGGUCUCCCGGAGCCCACCAACAUCUAUGAGAUCUCCUUCCAGAUGCUGAACUUCUUCAUUGGGGUCUUUGUCUUCUCUAGUUUGAUUGGACAGAUGAGAGAUGUGAUUGGAGCAGCCACAGCCGCACAGACAUACUUCAGAGCGUCUAUGGAUGACUGCGUGGAAUACAUGAACACGUACCACAUCCCCAGAAUGGUACAGAACAGAGUCCGCAUGUGGUACAACUACACAUGGGCUGCGCAAGGCAUGCUGGAUGAGUCCGAGCUGCUGGAUAAAAUGCCUCUGGUGAUGAAGACGGCCAUUGCAGUCGACAUCAAUUUAGCAACUUUCCAGAAGAUAGAUUUGUUCAAGGGCUGUGACCAGCAGAUGUUAGUGGACAUGUUGCUUCGGCUCAAGUCCAUCAUCUAUCUACCAGGAGACUUUGUGGUCAGAAAAGGCGACAUUGGUAAAGAGAUGUACAUUAUAAAGAGUGGAGCAGUGCAGGUGGUGGGAGGACCAGACAACAGCAUCGUGUUUGUGACUCUGAAGGCUGGAUGUGUGUUUGGAGAAAUCAGUUUACUGCAGUCUGCUAAAGAUGGAGGAAACAGACGCACGGCCAAUGUAAAGGCCCACGGUUUCGCUAAUCUCUCUGUACUUGAGAAAAAAGACCUGUUCGAUAUCCUGGUCCAUUAUCCUGAAUCUCAGAAAGUGUUGGCUCGGAAAGGAAGGAAACUUAUGAAGGCAAAAGCUGCUACCGGGGCUAAAGCCGAGGAGAAACCCAAAGGAAUGACGCUCUUUCAGGAAAAACCAGCAACACCAAAAAUGCUUAGAGCUCUGCGGAUACUCAAGCACUCAUCAGAGCAGAAAUAAAUACUGGAUUUGGAUGCCCUUCAUCUAAAUAUAGUGAUGACAAGGAAUUUUUACUUUACUUUUACUCUCAU